AUGGUCCGGUAUGCUCAACAGUCCAUUCAUCCCGCCCGUCCUACUCUUAACUGGACGUUUUUGACCCCCCCGCCAGAUAUUGACACCUGCGUGACGAGCCCAUGCGACGACCACGAGUCCAUCGACGACGCCCUGCGCACGUGGCUGGAGCUGGCGGCGCGCCUCCGCGAUCGACUCCCCGAGGGCAGCCAGGAGGACGCGGUUCUGUGCGCGCAGAUGCUCAUCGAAAGCCCGCUCUUCCGCGACAACCGCGACUACGUGCGCACGCAGCUCAUCCACAGCCUGCUGCAGGAAGACGACGCCGCGCCGCUGCAUGCCAUAGCGUCGCUGCUCCUGCUCGACGGCCUCGGCGACGAAGCGCUCUUCCCGCGCAUGAUUGCCGAGGUCUGCUUCCCGCGGCUCCUCGAGCUGAUUGCGGCGCGCCGCCACGGUGACGACGGCGAAGGCGACGAUGACGACGAGGGCUACGACGACCCGCGCCUGCACCGGUUCCUGCUGCAGCUCAUGUACGAGAUGUCACGCGUGGAGCGGCUCCCGCUUGAGGAGCUGGUGCUAGUCGACGACGACUUUAUACACAGCCUCUUUCACAUCAUCGAGGGCGUCUCUACCGACGUGCACGACCCGUAUCAUUACCCUACCAUCAGGGUGCUGCUUGUGAUGAAUGAGCAGUACAUGCUGGCCUCAACGGAGCCUGUUGAAGGGCCAGAGGGGACGCACGCGCCACUGACAAACCGAAUCGUAAAAUGUCUUAGCCUGCACGGCCCGUCGUUUAGAACGUUUGGCGAGAACAUCAUCUUGCUGCUGAACCGAGAAACCGAAACGUCGCUCCAGUUGCUCAUCCUGAAGCUACUAUACCUACUCUUUACCACCAAAGCAACAUACGAAUACUUUUACACGAACGAUUUACGAGUGCUACUAGAUGUCAUCCUUCGCAAUCUCAUGGAUCUGCCGGACGAGCGAAUCUCUCUCCGGCAUACGUAUCUGAGAGUGCUGUACCCGCUACUAGCGCACACACAGCUCAGCCACCCGCCGCACUACAAGCAGGAUGAGAUUCUUAAAGUGUUGAAGAUCCUUCGCGGCUCGCUCAAUGCGCACUUCGCGCCAGCCGACGACACGACGGUACGGCUGGUGGACAGAGUGGCCAAGGUGCCGUGGCUGGAGGAAGCCGGUGGCGGCACCGCCAGUGAGGUGACGCGCAAGUUCCUGGGCAUCAGUCUCUCACCGACGCAGUCUGCAAGCAGCAUUAGCGUCGGUGACGUGGCGGGCGUCAUGGAGAAGCCGGGUGUGCAGACGCCGAGCCGGAACGCGGGCAACGGCAACGGGGCGGUGCAGCCGCCUCCGGCGCCGUCGCCGCGGGACGAAGUGAGCAGGGCGGUCAAGGCCAGGAGGCCGCUGCCGGCCGUCCCCAAGCACCGUCACGGCGUGCCGUUUGCGUCGGACGCGACGACGGCAACGACGACGGGGAGCAAGACGCCGCCGCCGGUGGUGGUGGUGAACGGCGAGAUCAAAAGGGUGCCGCCCAAGGCGCCGCCACCGCGCCGACGCGGCAAGAUGAAGGUGGCGGAACCGCCGCCGAUAGAAACCAUUUCGGAGACGCCACCAGAGUCGUCAUGA